AUGGCGGCAGUCAAACGAUUUGCUCAAUCCAUGGUGAACUGGGACGCAAUUGCUGAACGUGUGCCCAAAGCGUUCUACGUGGCCUUCAAGUCCAAGUCCGAUGCAUACAUUCGCAAAAUGUCGGCUUUGCCAGUUGAGCCUUUGAAAAUCGAUUGGGCGCUGUACAAAAGUAAAGGUGCCCAACCCGGCGUGGUCGAAAACUUUGAAAAGUUGUACGAGACACUUAAAAUCCCAUAUCCCGAAGACAAAUAUACCGGGGUUAUUGAUUGUCAUGAAGAAGAAACCGUGAAAGAAAUCGAACAGUUCAGAGUUGAAGCCGAGGAAAUAAUUAAAAAAGCGGAAAAAAGGCUCGAAGAAAUUCAUAAAUUGUUGCCCUUCGGUCAAAUGACAUAUGAAGACGCUGCUUAUGUGGUUCCCGAGUUAACAAUAGACAUGGUGAACAAACCAUCGUUCUGGCCACACAGUGAAGAAGAUUACAUGUUCGAUGAACCAGAGGAAAAAAAUGUGAAAAUUGAAAAACAAAAAAAAGAUGAUGCCGCUCAUCCGGUAGAGAAUAUUUCAUAG